AUGAAGGAACCAGUGUAUAAAAAUCCUACUGGAAUAAAGGCUGUGAGGCGCAUUAUCAAGAACUCCAGAGAAAGAGACCGCCAAGAUGUUCCCAUCACCCGAGCCAUGCGUGGCUCAGACCACUGCGACACUGACCAUUGGCUCACCAGAACCAAACUCUCCUUCACAUUGCCCCAAAACAGCGAAGGCAACAAGCAUCCAGAAGAGGCUUUAAUACCAAACAAAUGGAGGUUCCAGCGCAAGAGUCUUGACUCAACAUCAGUAACUUCCCCUCGCAGGGGAUCUCUGGAAGGUCUCACAGUCGCCCUGGUUUCUGUCCUGCUGGUGGAAUCAACGUCCUCCGCGUGCCACGGCAACAACUGUAACACAGGUCGUAGCAUCAGAGGCCAGAGCGUCAACGGAGGCUACGACGGUGUUGGUGGUGGAGUAAUAGCCGUGGACUUCGGUAUCCCAGGCGGUGGUGGUGGGUAUAGUGGCUACUUUCAGGGCCAUCCUGUCGGAGGGUUCAACAACGUGAACUCAUACAGCACUGUAGGUUCAGGAAGCUUCAUUAACAGGGGUGGAGGCUAUGACAGUGGCCUAGGAGUCUUAUUCGACAGUGGCCAGGGAGUCUUUUUCAACAGUGGUGGAGAUUACAACGGCGGUGGAGGCUACGGCAGAGGUGGAGUCUAUGACAACGGUGGGCAGAGAGUCUUUUUCAAUAGUGGUGGUUACGGCGGCAGUAGAGGCUACGGUGGAGGCAGCGGAGGCUACAGUGGAGGCAGCGGAGGCUACGGCGGCGGUGGAGUCUAUGCCAACGGUGUCCAAGGAGUCUUUUUCGACAGUAGUGGAGGCUACGGCGGCGGAGGCUACAGCGGCGAAGGUGGUGGAGGCUACGGUGACGGAGGUGGUGGAGGCUACGGCGACGGAGGUGGCGGAGUCUACGGCGGCGGAGGCUACAAUGGUGGCGGCGAAGGAUACGGCAGCAGUGGAGGCUUUAGCGGGGGCGGAGGCUACGAAAGCAACAGAGGUCACGACGACGGAGGCUACGGUGGCAACAGAGGUCACGAUGAUGGAGGCUACGGUGGCAACAGAGGUCACGGCGACGGAAGCUACGGCGGCAACAGAGGUCACGGCGACAUAGGUCAUGGAGACGGAAGCUACGGCGGCAACAGAGGUCACAGCAACAGAGGUCACGGCAACAGAGGUCAAGGCGACGGAGGCUACGGUGGCAACAGAGGUCACGGCGACAUAGGUCAUGACAACAGAGGUCACGGCGACGGAAGCUACGGCGGCAACAGAGGUCACGGCGACAUAGGUCAUGGAGACGGAAGCUACGGCGGCAACAACAGGUCACAGCAACAGAGGUCACGACAACAGAGGUCACGGCAACAGAGGUCAUGGCGACGGAGGCUACGGUGGCAACAGAGGUCACGGCGACACAGGUCACAGCAACAGAGGUCACGGCGAUGGAAGCUACAGCGGCAACAGAGGUCACGGGGAUGGAAGCUACGGCGGCAACAGAGGCCACGGCAAGAGAGGUCACGGCAACAGAGGUCACAGUGACGGGGGCUAUGGUGGCAACAGAGGUCACGACAACAAAGGUCACGGCAACAGAGGUCACGGCGAUGGAGGCUACGAUGGCGGUGGUGUGGUCAAUGUCCCUUCCACUGGUUAUCUUCCGCCCGUGUAGAGCCGCCUGAUAUCCUCACCAGGACAAAGAAUCCCUAACUACAAUGAAGCGACUCGACCAAAAUUCAUCCGAAUUACCUCACCAUGUACAAGGAACUGAAGCACUAGAAUACACUCCCGCCUGUAAGAGUUUAGUGUUUGUCAGCACCACUGUACCCAGCCAACCAUAGACCCACAAUACUAUUUAUCAUGUACAAGUUUACUCACAGAAGUAGAAUCGUGAAAAUAUUCUUGUUUACUCACUACCAUUUUAUUUUAGCUGUGUAAAACCGACAUCGUAUGUAAGGAUGAAUGAUACACUACCUUAAAAUACAGUUGGAGAUGUUUUGAUUACAUUUAAAAUAAUUAAAAACUACAGAAAUUACCAAUGUAUACAAAGAAAUUU